ACCACAGUGGACACUGACGUUAACAAUUAUUUGCCAAUUAUCAGCCAUCUCAGAUUACUUGGUCUGGCGAGUCGUAGAAACGUUUGUGCUGCUGACUAAGAAAUAAGUACAGAGUGAGUAAUGUACAAAACGGUACAAGAAACAGUCGAAAAAACUUAUAGAAAAAUCAAUUUUUUAUGAUUAAUGUAUAUUUACCAAGUUUGUUCUGAUUACGCCUUGCGUGUCAUAUAACUAUUUUAAUUUGCUGAAUGCCAAAAUAAUUUGUCCCUGAUGUUACGUAACAUGCUUGUUAUAUAUAUUAUUCAUCGCUUUGUAUAGUUUCAAAUAUACGAUUUGAUUGACUAUACACGCAACGAUUAUUCGUUCUAAAUCCCCCGCUUGACCAGUAUAUUUUUCCACAAGAGUGGGAGACAAGUGGAAAGAAGUAAAUGGACAGCGUAUUUAAUGUUUAGUUUGAAACAGAAAGUCGCACAGUAUUGACAAGCGUAUUUGAUUGGCGAUUAAUGAGCGGUAUCGGCAUCGAUUAGAAAGUGACAAUGUUCAUGUGACAAUGUGAUUUAAAGACGAUUGUUGGCAAUUUAGCUCUCGAUAGUAUUUUUUAACGUUAAUAAUUUAUAGUAAACCGUGUGAGAAAUCGUUCCCGUUGAUGAUGACAGAAAACAAAAAAAAUGAUAUUAAAGGACAAGCUCUAGAUGGUGGCUGGGGUUGGUUUGUUUGUCUUGGAAGCAGUCUAAUUACGCUCUCUUUGCGAUCCUUGGAUCCAUCAUUCGGAUUACUAUUUAAAGAUCUGUUGGAGGAUCUUAAUGUCGACUCCACAUGGACAUCAAUUAUAAUGAGCGUCUUAGAUGCCAUUGUCAAUUUUUCAGGUUUUUUAGUUGGUCCAUUAUUAAAAAAAUAUUCUUACCGACAAGUCGCAUUUUUUGGAUCUUUGCUAAGUUGCAGUGGUUUAAUAAUUACAUCGCAAGCUAACAGUAUACCAUAUAUUAUUUGCUCUUAUAGUGUAUUAGGAGGUCUAGGUACUGGCCUUGCCAUGGCUUCAUCCUUCGUCGCAUUAAAUACGUUUUUCGACAAAAAACGUGGACAAGCAGUAGGCUUUUCCAUGGCAGGGAACGCGUUGGCAAUGAUGUUCGUACCGUUGUUAGUACAUAUGCUGCUGAACGUAUACGGAUUUCGCGGCACAAUACUUAUCGCUGGAGGAUGGGCAUUACAUUCUUUAGUGGGAUCAUGUUUAUUACGUCCAUUUGAAGAACGAUCGCCGGCACCACCAGUCGAGAAAAAGUCGAAUGAAGAACGAGAGAACGAAGCCUUAUUAAUGAAACCGACUCAUACUGAACCACGAAGGAUGUCAAAUGGAUCAAUGUGGAGCAAAGAUCAAAUCGCAGACAUUGAAACACUCUCACCCCAAAAGAAAUCGUUUAUAAAGAAGCUACAAACAUGUUUUGACUUGGAUCUUCUCAAAGAUUCCAUUUACUUAAAUGUCACUCUAGGUUGCAGCUUUUUUUACGUGGCUGAGUCAAAUUUUAAAUUAAUGACUCCUUUCUUUCUGUCGGAUCUUGGACUGAAACAAGCGGAGGUAGCCUUUUGUCUGUCCCUGACUGCAUUCACCGAUAUCCUCGCUAGACUGCUGUUGCCGACAUUAUUCGACAAAUUCGGUUGGAAAAAACGCACAAUUUUCUGGAUCUCCAGCUUCCUCGUUGGAAUCACACGCUCCAUAUUAGCGGAACAAUCAGAAAAAACACCGUUGAUUGUCACAUUAAUAAUAGCUGGAUUUUUACGUGGCACUACAUUGGUGAAUUUAAAUCUCUGCAUAUCCGAAUGUUGUACUUUGAAAAAGCUACCAAGUGCAUUUGGAAUGUUUAUGGUGUUUAAAGGCUUAUGUGUAAUUAUUAUGAGUCCUUUAAUUGGAUAUAUCAGAGACGUCAGCGGUAGCUACAAAAUCUGUCUUCACGUGAUGACUGCCAUGAUACUUGUCACAUCUGUCAUAUGGAGUAUUGAAUUUUUAUAUCGUGUCUUUUGUAGACAAAUUGCUAUUCUAGCCGUACUCCCAGUCCAGCAAUGUUUCGGCCUUAUCUUCGCAGAACGUUUCGCAAGUCUCGGCAUUACUGCGACGCAAACGAGUCUAAUUCUUCAUCUUAAUGGAACAAUAACAUGCAGUCUCGGUCUUAUAAGUGGUCCAAUGAUGAAAAGAUUCGCUUUUCGCAAGGUCGCAUAUUUCGGCAGCCUGACAGUCGUUCUCGGAAUCUGCGCCGCUGCCUUCGCCGUGUCUCUCCCGACUCUUAUUAUCACUUACUGCGUUAUCAUUGGAAUCGGUCAAGGAAUUCUUUUUCCAGCGACAACAUUAGCUCUAAACACAUAUUUCCGCAAGAAACGCAAUAUAGCCAUGGGUUUUUCGAUUACAUUAACUGGUCUGGGUCCAAUUUUAAUGCCUCUUUUAAUAGACGUACUUCUCGAAAAUUUUGCCACGACCGGCACUCUCCUGAUCCUUGCUGGAAUCGCCUCACAUUCUUUGAUUGGUGCAUCGUUAUUAAAACCGUUUAGAAAGCAGACAGAGAGUGUUCUGAUGGACAAAACUACUAAUAUAUCGAAAGAGGAAAAUUCAUGUGUUGAUAAGACAAGUGUAGAAAAUAACGCUGUUCAAUGCCGAUUAUUAAAUAAACGGAAUGCUGAAGAGGAAAGACAACCGAGCUAUUGUCCGGAGAAUAGCGAAACAGAAGUGAAAAGAAAUAAACAAACUUCGUUCCUUAAAAAAAUUGUUACAAAUAUGGAUCUCGAUCUUCUUCGUGAUAAUCGUUAUAUAGCGAUAGUAUUAGGUAUGAGCGUUUCGUUGGUGGCCGAAACGAAUUUCAACGUAACGAUACCUUUCGUCCUAGCCGAAUUGGCGAAUCUCGACAGAACGUCGAUAGCUACAAUAAUGUCGAUUCAAGCUGCCGCGGACAUUAUGGGACGCCUUUGUGUACCGUUGUUGGCACAAAAAACUGGCUGGACCUGCAGGAAUCUUUAUGUGCUAUCUCUGCUAGGAUCGACUUUUGGAAGGACUAUUCUAUCGACGUGGGGUGAUACUUACGUCAUUGUAAUCGGAGUAGCCCUGAUCAUUGGAUUGGCGAAGGGAACCAAAGCUGUCUUCCAAGCUCUAAUCAUUCCUGAUUACGUGCCAUUGGAGAGGUUGCCGGCUGCAUCCGGUAUUCAGAUGGUUUGUAAUGGCAUCCUGUCUAUCAGCAUGGGACCAAUUAUCGGUUUAGUGCAUGAUUCAACAAAUAGUUAUGUGGGUGCGCUUUAUUUCACAUCCUUUCUCAGCCUGUCUUGUGUCUUCCUGUGGUUAAUAGGUGGACUAUGGACUUUUCGUAGAAAUAAGUUGAAUGAGCAAAAUCCAUCAGAGGAACAAUAAAAUUUUCACAAAAAUACGUAAUUGAUUAAUUU